GUCUUUGGGACCAGAGUUGCAGUGUUGGGGUGGUGUAACGAGGCAGGACCCUGUCCCGGAGCUCGUGGCUCCAUUUUCCCUCAAACACAGAGCAUGCUCAACCACUCACAAAAAUCUUGGGCUUGGAGAUGCCUUGGGAGCUGGGCUGCAGAGGUGUGCGUGCUCAGUGGUGGUGUUACAGACAGGAGGGCCUUCACACCCACUGAUUCUGGAAGCUCUUUGCUUUACCGGUCUGCAGUCCUUCCUCACCAGACACCACCUGCGCUGCAGCCACAGCCCCCCGCACUGUGUCCCUCAGUAAAUGUCUUCUGGAAGGUCAACUUGUUUUUGGUGGUGUCCCCACCAUUGUACCCCAGUACCAAGGGCAGUGGAGCAGGCUGACAUGCGCAAGGCUGUGCCUGGAGGCGAAGGUGUUGAUGCUGGGCUCUCGCCCCACUGACUCGAGCCCCCUUGCUGAAGCCCAGUUGCAGCAAAUGGAGCGACACGGGCAGCUGAAGUCCCCCAGCCCCCUGUGUGAUUUACAUACACCUCACUAGCAGCACAUCAGCCCGGGCUUGCGCAGUACCACAGCCCAUCUCCAAAACAGCCUCCCUUCCUCUGCUCCCCAUCCUGGCCCCUGCCAUGGCCCUGGGCUUCGUGGUCCUGCUGCUGGUGGGGACAGCAGGGACAGCCUGCAAGGCUCAGCAGGUGCUGACCCAGCCGACCACCGUGUUGGUGCUGCCCGGGCAGACCGCCCGGCUGUCCUGCACCCUCAGCCCCCAGUACAACAUCACCGACUUCGGCAUCACCUGGUACCAGCAGCGCCCGGGGCAGGCCCUCAGGUACCUGCUCUACUACAACUCGGAGCACGACAACCACAAACCCGCCAGGAUUCCUGACCGCUUCUUCGCUACCAAAGACCUUGCCCGCAACGCCUGCAUCCUCACCAUCACGGACGCCCAGGAGGAAGACAACGGCAGAUAUUACUGCUCGCUGUCCUCCACCAACAGCUGGCUGUAGCAGCAGGGAGCGGAACCGGCUUGCCCCGUGCACCGUGAUGUGAUGCAGGGCUGGAGGGAAGGGGCACAGACCUCCUGCUGCCCGGGGCCAGCCCAGCGCAGUGCCGCAGCCGCCUCACUUCCCUUCCCUCACCUUCCUUCCCUCACCUUCCCUCCCUCACCUUCCUUCCCUCCCCUCCCCUCCCUUCAUCCCCCCUCACAGCCCCGCUCUCCCCACAUCCCAGCGGCGGUGGGAGCACGGGGCCAUGCCGCGGGGUGCCUGGGCUGGUGGCCGGCAGGGGUUGCGGUUUGGUAAAGGCAAUAAAAAUGUUCGCCCCCCCCAGCGCCGCGCUUCUGGCUUCGUCUCUGUGUGCCCUGCCCCCGCCGCCAUCUUGUCGCCCC